GUGUUGAUUCGCCAAAGUGUGCAGAUUGCAAUUAGCAAGAAUCGCAAAGAAAUUGGCUACAAGCUGAUUAAAAUUAAUUAAUAUAAUUGCUUAAAAAUGCAGCAGAAUUAAACUUAUAAAUUGAUCAACUAAACGCAGAUAAAGAAAAAUCAAAAUUGGAAAACUGCAGUCAAAAUGAAUCGCCUGCUUUUGCAGUUUCUGGUAACGACGAUACUUGUCUAUAAAGUAUUGUCAGUUCCCACCACCAGCUCCACAACCACGACCAGUAUUGCGACGGGUGCACAAACCACCACGGAGAUACCGCAACAGGAUGACGAUGAUGAUGAUUGGGAUGAGGGCGACGAUUCUCUAGAGUCGGAUGAUGAUGGAAGAGUUUAUAAAAAUCCACGCAAUUCACCAUCCACUGAAUGUCCACGGGAUGAGGAGCAGGCCACGCUUUUGGGUCAGAAAUGUUUGAGGAAAUGCUCCUCCGAUGAGGAUUGCAAGAGCAAGAAGAAGAAAUGUCUAUGCGACGGUGUCUGCGGCAAUUCCUGCAUCAAACCAGAUCGCGAAUGUCCAGAGCUGGCGCAACCCAGCUUGGGUCAGGUCACCGUCGGCGGACGUCACUUUGGAGCUCGCGCUUCCUACGCUUGUCCGCAUGGCUAUCAUGUGGUUGGAUUACAAAGUCGCCUCUGUCAGGCUGAUGGCAAUUGGGCAGGUGCCGAGCCAGCCUGCAAACAGAACAUCUACUGCUUGAAGCCGCCACAGAUUGAGCAUGCCAGAAAUUCGGCAUUACCCGAGCAGGAGACAUUCGAUUUGGACUCAACGGUGCAAUAUCAUUGCCAUACAGGAUAUGUGACCAAUGGAUUUCCACGUGCCAAAUGUUUGGCUAUCGAUAAUCUGGCUAGUUGGUAUGGACCGGAUAUUCAAUGCGAACCACGCUCCUGUGGACAGCCUCCGGAUCCGGCUUAUGGCUGGCACGCUGGCGAGUGUUAUACCUAUGGCUGCAAGAUAACCUAUAACUGUGGCAACGGCUACGAGCUGGUGGGAAAACAUGAGCGCUACUGUCAAUCGGAUGGUUCCUGGACGCCCAAGGAACUGCCCACCUGUGUGUUGGUUACCUCCGUGGUCUGUCCGACCCCAGAGAAUCCGAAGAAUGGCAAAGCCACAUAUACAACCCUGGCAUACAACUCUGUGGUCAGUUACGAGUGUCGUUAUGGCUACACUUUGGUCGGAGAGAGUUCCAGUCGGUGUGGAGCCAGUGCCAAGUGGAGUGGCACAGUUCCAAGUUGCAAGGAGAUUAACUGCGGACAUCCGGGAGUUCUCUACAAUGGUUGGAUUGAGAAUAUUGAAGCAGGCACCGGAUUGGGAGCUAGCAUCAUCUUUCGGUGUCAGCCGGAGAUGUUGAUCAACGGACUGGGAUCAAGUGUCUGUCAGAUUGAUGGAAGAUGGCGUAAUGCCUUACCCGAGUGUCUGGCACCCUGUGUGGUCCCUACCAUAUCACAGGGUUUCGUAAUCCCCAUUGAGAUAACUACAGAUGAGAAUGGCACCACGAUUAUUACCCCGACGACGACGACAACGCAAUCGCCCACUCAAAUCGUAGGCGGUGUGGAAAAGGUGAAACAUGGCACAGCUCUUGAGGUGAAAUGCGAUGAUAACUAUGAAUUUCCGGUCUCUCUACUGAGUCCCCCGACGUGCAACAAUGGCACCUGGAGCAUUAUACCACGUUGUGUGCCUGCCAGGUGCAAGAAUAUGCCCCGGCCCCCGAAGCAUGGCAUGGUUAUGGCACCCAAGACGGAGCACGGAAUGAAGGCAAGAUUUAAGUGUAAGGAUGGCUUUAAAUUGGUCUCUCCCGAGGGUAAAGAUGUCACAGAUCCACAUGAUUAUGUCUUAACGUGUUCGUUUGGCAACUGGACCGGUGAGACGCCCAAAUGCGAUGAGGUCUUCUGCUCCUUCCCCGGCUACAUACCCAACGGAAAGGUGUUGCUUGUGGGCAACAUGGGACUCUACGAUUAUCGUCCAUAUGUCAAGAAGAUUGUCAACAACAAGCAGAUUAUGUAUGACUGCGACAAAGGUUACGUGCUGGAGGUAGGUCCUCCCGGUGCUACCUGUGUGGGUGGCAAGUGGCGUCCUUUGGAUCUGCCGCAGUGUCUGCUUGGCCAGCAUCCGCGUCUACGCUGGAAUCGACGAAGACGACGUCGUUCCUUGGAGCUGCGACAACUGCGCUCUGUUUAUUUGCUGCGACGACAGCGUCAACUUCAACGACAGCUGACAGAGUACCAGUAUUAUCAGCCAGAAGCUAUACCUUCCGACUCUUCAGGACAACGCUUUAAGCGUGGAUCUAAUCCCAAUCCUUCCGACAUUGACUUGGCCUACUCGAAGUACUAUCAGAAGAUCAAGGAGCGUUAUCAUCGUUAUGUGCGCAAGAUCCUAGGACACAGUCGCCUGUACAAGCCGACGGCAAGUCCAAUUCAAGAUGGACACUGGUAUAAUCACUACAACAAUCCGGAACUGGUCAUGACGCGUAAGGUGAAUCACUAUGGCAAUAUUAAUGAACUCCAUGUCACUGCUGCGCCAGUGUUGGAUACUCAUCACAAUCGUCUGCAAAUGGAGCACAGUUCGAAUGUGGCCCCAGCUUUAGUUUCCCGGAAAUCUUACGUGAAUGCAACACGUGAACUUAUCGACCAGUUGAAAUCCCAAAUUGGGCGACGUCGCCGUAAACGCAACACGAGCAUUGGAUCCUCUCCACCCUCGGCGGCAACGCUACCAGAUGCGGAACUGGAUACCAGUGAUGGUGGGGAGACUAGUAAAGCCUCGGGCGGCAAGAGAUUGCGUGGUCCUUGCGAGGAUCUCGACUGGGAUUCGUUUGCAAACAUAACCACAGUGCGUCCGGGAAAGGCACCCGGAAGGAAUUCCGUCGGAAUUAUGCUACAACUGGAAUGCAAUGCGGGAUUUAAGCUAAACAUCAAGGGAGAGAAUGCCACGGCAAGAUGUAUACGCGGCAUCUGGAAACCAGACAUUCCCAAAUGCUUGUCCGCUCCCUGUCUGGUGCCAGCUGUGGAACAUGGACGGUACUACAAGGUGGAACCGCAUACGACGGAAUUGAGUGAUACACCCUCCUUGACACCACUCUCCACUUACGAGGAAAUUCAAUCCAAUGAGUUUAUCACGCUUGAAUGCCUAGAUGGCUUCAAUAUACAGGGAUCCGCUCAAUUGCGUUGCGCCCAUGGCUCCUGGUCGGUGAAUGCCUUUUCCGAGUGCACCUCCGUUUCCUGCACCUUACCCAAUAUACCCGGUGUCAUCUAUGAGGGUGGUUAUCGUGCUGGCUUGACCAUUGGACACGGCAGCACGGUCAGCGUACGUUGUGAGCUCUCCACUAAUACCAAUCCCAUAGAGAUGUCCUGUCGCAAGGGUCUGCUUACUCCACCCAGCAUACCCUGUGAAUCGGGCUUACGCAAGUCGCGUCAGGAGCUGGAACAUGCCACGCCCACGCCCACAUCUCAUAGCAAAAUGGAUCACAAUGAGUUGGACGAGAUUAAUAAUAACCAUCAUGACAACAAUACGGAUGAACACGAUGACUACAAGAUGUGUGGACACCCCAGUUUAACAGAUGGCGCCUUGGUUUACAAAAAUGUGGACGGCGAGAUCGAUGGUGUUUAUGAGAGCGGCACUGAGAUCUUUUUCAAUUGCAUUCCAAAUGCAGCCGGAGAUCGUCAAACCUGGCGCAUCAUCUGUGACAAUGGACAGUGGAUUGGACGCUCCUACAACUGCGAAAAUGGCACCUGCUCCUUCAAGAACAACGAAGCCAAUGUGGUGAGCUUCUAUAAUGAUCUGGAAAUACGCGAAGAUGUUGUGGACUUUCCGCCGGGUGCUACCAUCAUAUCCAGAUGCGUGGACAUAGGGAAAUUCUCGAUGACUGGAAGUCAUGAAAGGACUUGCAUACACUCGGAAUGGACGAAUACGAAGCCCGUGUGCUCGGGACUCAAUCAGGAAAAUGACUAUGCGAUGGAGAAGGCACCCACUAUACUAUUCCGGCAUAAAAAUGGACCCAUUGCCCAGAGCAACGAUGGCAAGCUGAUUGUGUAUCCCGGAUCAACGGUGCACAUGGAAUGUCUGUGGAUGCGAAGAUUUGGCAAUCCGAAAUGGAAUGUCAGUCAUACCUUCAAGAACUAUACCGAGGGCUGGGUGACAGAAGCGGAUGAGGGACGUGAUUCAACAUUGGAAUAUCGCUUGAGUAUCUUCGAUGCUGUGGCUGAGGAUUCCGGAACAUAUUCGUGCAUGACACCGGCGAGACAUGAACAUGCGGUUGAGGUGGUGGUGAAGGCGAUUAAUUGCCCGGAGAUUCCGAUACGUCGGGGCUUAAUUGUGAAUACGAACGAUACGAAACUGAGCACACGCGUCCUGUUGUCCUGCUCGAAUGGCAACUCGUUGUUUGGCGCAUCGGAGCUGUUUUGCUUGCCCAGUGGCAAUUGGAGCGCACUGUUGCCGGUUUGCGAGAGCGUGGAGUGCGGCGAUAUUCCGCUAAUGCCUAAUAAUGUUAGCUCACCUCGCGUCUCCGUGCUGUCACGUGAGGUGGGCGGUCGGUCGGCAUUCUCCUGCUCAUCGGGUUACGGAUUGCGCGGCCCUUCGGAGGCCAUCUGUUUGCCUACGGGCGAAUGGGCGACACCAUUCCCCACCUGUGUCGAAGUGCAAUGCGAUAAUCCCGGUGCACCGCAAAACGGUUACGCCCAAGGCUCGGCACCAUAUCGUGCCGGCGAUGUGGUCCAAUUCAAUUGCAACCCGGAGUACAUGAUGCAAGGUCAGCCAAUAAUUGCCUGUCAGGAUAACGGACGAUGGUCGGGCGGUUUGCCCAAAUGUGUCCAGGCAUGUUCGUAUCCUGGCACCGCCAUCAGCGGUCGCAUGUCCUCCGUCAAAUUCUAUUAUGCCAUCGGUGAGAGCAUUACGUUCACCUGCGAUGCCGGCUUGGAGCUUCGAGGCUCCAAAAUUCUCAAAUGCCAAAAAAAUGGUAAAUGGUCCAGUGCCAUACCCACUUGUGUUACCAACGAUGCGCCCGCUGGCGCCGUUGGCACGAAUAAGCAUCUGGCAACCAUGGGUUAAGCGACCCAAGAUUUUAAUAACAACGAGUUGAGAAUCAAAGUGAUACUUAUACAUCUUAUGUACUAACUACUGCACAUUCAAAACACUGACACACACACACGUAUGCUAAUACAUGUGACAUUCUUGCAAUUUUAACUGUAACUGUAACUGUAUUACUACGUCAUUUUACUAAUAAAUAAAUGUUCAAUCAA